UACAGCCAUGCCUCCUCGGAAACGAAAAAAACCCGCAUUUUCUCUAUUUUUUUCCUCUCGCGAGAGUCAUGGUUUUGCUUCUGCGAGAGGUACGGUUGUGAUUUCGUAAGAGGCACGGGCGUGCUUCUUUCGGAAGGGAGAAAGCUCCGUGUUUCCGGUUUGGUUUUUUCUACAGUUUUUUUCAUGAAAAAAAGUUCAUCAAAACUUAUCAACAUGAGAUCUAGUUUUGAAGAUCUCGAUGUGAGGAAUCCAACGAUGAAAAUGAUUCGAGAUUUGGACGCACGAUUUAAGAGAUAAAACGUUUUGAAUAACCGAACCUACGAAAAAAAAGAAAACUCUCAGGUUGCGACAAGUGGCGCAAAUGCAACGCGCCGCUUGCCGCAACCUGGUGAGGUUGGGAUGAUCUUUGCAAGGAAUACUGGCCCUUCCCCUACUGCCUCCGCCUCUGGCGGCCAUACGAGAUACCACCGGGCAUUGACCGCCUGUCGCAAAAUCCGAAUCGCUCUGCCGAGUCCGAGUGGACGACCAUUCUGUUGCACCCCACCCGAAUUGUUAGAGAUCAAGAGGCCAUGCAAGAGAGCCGUGGCUUCAGCUGAUAUUGCUCAGGCACCGCGUUGAUCCAGUUAGGCUGUCGACAUCGAAGCCCGCGUGGAUAUGUGGAGAACGCGUGGUUCCUUUUGUCUUCUCCCUCAAGAAAGAAAGACACGGUCAUGGCUUGCUUCAUGGAGAAGGCUUCGUCUGAAGUUUUGAUUGCGUCUCAGCGUCUCAGUUUUUCCCUGCUUCAUCAUUUAGGAGCGAUCCUCUUAACUCUCUUCCGCAGAUCGAAGAAGGCAACCGAUCGGGAAGAUGAGCAGCUGGUUGUCGUCUGUCGAGAAGAUGAAGAGGUGGAUGGUGAUGCCCGCGGCCGCUGGAGCGGAGCCGAAGCUGCUGUGCGUCGUCUGCCACGUCCCGCGCCUGGAAGAUCCACCCGUGGAGGGAGAUUAUGUGGAAGAACGUGUGCACGGCAGCAUCAAACCGCUUGGGUCACGCUUGCAUUGCCCUAAAGGAUUUUUAUAAACUCAACAUGAUGCAGCGCGUGGACUGGAAUGAGAAGCAUAGGGUUAUUUUUCUACAUAAAAAGAAAAAUGCCUACGCAUUGCUGUAUUCGGGAGACUUAUCAACUGCAGCAAAGAAUGCAAUGAAGAAUAAUUUUGAAACAAAGAUAUCUCACAUAGUGGAUAUCAGCUACCACAGCUUUUCAGGUAAGAGCGAUGUUGUGAAAAUUUUGACGGUCAAGGGAGCAAAGCCUGACGGGCGACAUCUGUCCUGCGACUUCGUUGAUGUACACCAUGUAGAAACAAUGCUCAGCAGUUACAAGACGUCUCAUGGUACCGGGGGAAAUGCUGCCAGGGUUGAACCAAGUGCGGAUGAGGUCUAGCCGUCUAGACGUGCGAGAGGACUUUCCAUAAUACGUUUCUCUGAUCUGGUAGGCGGAGAGCAUGUGCCCGGAACGCAGUUCCUGUGGUAUCCGCGUUGGCUGCGGAGUUUUUUUUCUAAGAGAGAGAGAGAUCAGCAGAGGUUAUGCUCUGUUCGUGGUCGGCCUGCAAGUGUUUUGUAUGUUCUCGUUGAGAUAAUGCAUGGACAGUUGAUUGCACUGGCAUUGCAACCGCAUAUACAAACUACAAGUGUGGUAAAGGCCGCGUUGGGAUAAUGCAUGAACAUUUUGAGUCGUGCAUUAUCCACUUAUUUAAGUGCCAUUGCAAGUGUAAACAAACUACAGGGUUUGCUAACUCAACUAAAAUGUUUUUGUAUUCAAACACACUUAUUUUUGCCGGAAAGUUGUUGUGGAGGUCGAGCUACAUGGAACCCCUUAUCCUCACCCCUCCAACAUUGCUUUGAGAUAUGUGCUCUCCAACGAAUUUACUAUAUAGUUUAUUUAUUUAUUUAUUUUUUUCUCUCUCUCUCAAAUGAAACAAUAUACGGAAUUCAAACUUUGCAGAUCAAAAAAACUUUAGAACUUCAAUGUGUGAAAAAACUAUCAGAUUUUUUGGUCCGGCAUAAAUAUGUAACAUGAGACUUUUUUUUAUUAAAAUUUUAUUUUUAAGCAUUUAAAAUGGAUGAAAAAUCCGAAAGUUUUUUCUCACGUUGUAGUUAGAAUGUUUUGUUGUCCUGCAAAGUUUGAAGUUUAUAUUUUGUUUGGUUUGGGAGAAACAAAAGGAUAAAUAUGCCUGCAUGGAUCGCGAUGUAGAAAUGGAUGGCUAAGAUAAGGGGUACCAUGUGGCUCGACCUACAGAAUACCACACUCUUUUUUUUCUUAUAUAUAAUACCCUUGUGUGCACCCUUGUUAUGGACUUAUGUACCCUUUCAACGACAAGUGGGCCCUACAAGUAUGAAAAUGCGCAUUUGAAAAUAGUGAACCUAAGCUGGGGCUAAUAGACGGGUGGUAAA